AUGUCCCAAAAGCCCCUCACUGCCGAUCAGAUUGCUGAAUUCAAGGAGACUUUCGAUCUGUUUGAUAAAGAUCACAGUGGAUCCAUAUCUGCUUCUGAACUAAAAUCUGUAAUGAAAUCAUUAGGUUUAUCACCCACUGACGACGAGGUACGGGAUCUAGUCAAUGAAAUCGAUAUAGACGGUAACAAUGAAAUUGAAUUCAACGAGUUUUUAACCCUGAUGUCUAAGCAAAUAUCUUCAAAUGAUACAGAACAAGAACUGAUAGAAGCUUUCAAAGUAUUUGAUACCAAUGGUGAUGGUGUGAUAUCUGUCACAGAAUUAAAGGCAGUCUUAAGUUCAAUUGGAGAAGACUUGUCUGAUGAAGAAUUGAACCAAAUGAUUAAAGAGGUUAGCAAAGGCACUGGCGAAAUCAAUAUUGAACAAUUUGCAGCUCUUUUAUCAAAAUAA